AUGCCCAAAGACUUCGAUCCCAAACACCCCAAGCGCAAAACGCCCUACUCAAAGCAAAAACCCAAAACCUCCCAAUCCCAAGAGCGUGAAGAAAAACAAUACCCCUCCGUGAACGACCUCAAACGCCGCAUCCGCGAUGUCAAGCGCCUUCUCGCAAAAACCGAUCUCCCCGCCGAUAAGCGCAUCAUCCAGGAACGUGCGCUAUCCGGCUAUGAGAAGGAAUUGGCGGAUGAGGAGAGAAGGCGCGAGCGGUCGAGGAUGAUUAAGAAAUAUCAUUUUGUUCGGUUUUUGGACCGCAAAACAGCCACGAAGGAAGUCAACAAACUUACACGGAAACGCGAUGAGCUAGCGAAACCCACAGAUGAAAGUAUCGACGAGGGAACGAGAAAGAAGAAGCUCGAGAAACUCGAUGCGCGACUGCACAUUGCUAGAGUGAACUUGAAUUAUACCAUCUAUUACCCGCUCACGGAGAAGUAUAUUUCGAUUUACGCGGAGAAGAAGAAGAGUAAGGGGGAAAAGGGUGGGCAAGAUGAGGACGGAGAUCAGGAUAUGGAAGAAGAAGAAGAGCAAGAGAGACAGGGUGAGGAUGGGUUGAGCGCUAGUGCUACGGCAGAGAAGCUCGCUAUGUGGCGGACUGUUGAGAAGUGUAUGGAGGGUGGGACUCUUGAUCUUCUUCGGGAGGGACAGCUUGGGUUGAAUGGCGAAAAGGAAUCUGCAGAGAAGAACAAGGCGGAGAGUUCUAAGAAAAGUGCUGGUGAGAAGAAGGCUAAUACUAAAGAGAAGGCGGAUGUCAAGGCGAGCAAAACCAAAACCCGCCAAGGGAAAAGCACGAAACACAGUGGCCCGGCACCGGCUGAUGAGGGUGAUGAGAGCGAUGGUGGUUUCUUCGAGAUGUAG